GUUCACACAACUCCUCCACGUUCGCACCGUGUUGCGUGCUGGCAGAGAGGAGGGUUUGCAAUUCGUAAUUGGUUGUGUGUUGACAAGUCGAUUACAUGAUUUUGGUGCUUGGAAACGUGCAUGCAUUCAACAGGCUGGUGAAAGUUAAAACGAUUACCAGUCAUGAGACGGUGGAUUUGUCUGUCAUUUUCAUCAAGAAUGAAUAACUGAUCAUGAUCACGUACGUGUCUUUAUUUUAUAGCAGUAUCAAUUUUACAUGGAAUGGUGCUGAGAUUUUGUUUUACGACGGCAGUACGCUGUUGUCUUGGUAGCGAAACGUAGCUGCCGGCUUAGUGAUCGAUGGAUGAAGCUGAGGCGAUUUUUUUUUCCAUCGGGAGAUCUUUCGGACUACAGACGAUCGCCAGGGCGUAAAUAUCUAAUAAUCAGAUACGAGAAUGGCUUCUGGUCGUGCAAAGAGAAAGCGGCUUUAUCAUCAGACACCCCCAUCCAUCGACAUUAGAAUUAAAGUAUGGAAAUGUUUGAGGGUGUCAGCCCAAGUUGCAGCGAAAGGGAUGGCCACUGCGACCGCUUACAUCGUGAUGUUGUUGGGAUACCUGACUUACCUCAACCCCGUCCCAUGGCUAGCUUCGACCUUGAAAUCCCUCUUCACGAGACAGCGUCCCCGACGGAUGCUUACAUACCACAACUACCAACCGGUUACAUAUAAACCGCCCUUUAUUGAACGAGUUAAAAACACCUUGAAAAGUGAACAAUCUCUUAAGAAAGAACUGAUGAAUUGGCUUAAGACGAAACUCCCUUCAAGUGUUGUUGUCAAUGACUUCAGAGAGAGCUGGUCGAAUGGCGUUUCCCUGUGUGCCUUGAUGGAAGCAGUCGUGCCUUCUACAUGCCCUCGCUAUGAUCUUCUGAAGCCAGAGAGUCGGGUCAACAAUUGCAGACUUGGAAUGACACUUAUACGGAAAACCCUUGGUAUUGAAGAGCCAAUGGAACCCGAAGAGAUGUCUCUGCCUUCCCGAGCGAGUGAGACCAAACUUCUUCGAUACAUCCAGACAAUACGUUAUGCCAGUAUGAUACCAGUCGAAACGCCUUCUUACAAGACAAGCCCCUGGAGCAAAGAAGGGGCGUGGCCCAAGAAAGCAACAUUCAGUGAGCCGGUAGACGAGGAGAGAAAACAACUUAUGGAAGCUGAUAAGGUUGAUUGCACAGCAAGUGGCAGUGGGCUAGUUAUUGCAAAGAUUGGCAAACGUGCAAAGUUCAACGUAUACACGCCCAAAUUCAUCUCCAAAAGCCUCUAUAUUCACAUCAAAGGUCCUUUGGGAGAAAGUGUAAGACGGAAGAUAAUAAACCAUCUCCCUGGAGGACGCCCCCAUCGUGAUGAACCCGAUUCUUCAAACAUGAGUUCAGCCUCAGUUGAUGAUAGUCAUACGUCAUCGAGUGCGUCUUCGGCUUCAGGGGGUGUCAUUCCCUGCGAUUACCAGUGUGUCCGCGAGGGCCACUAUGAAGUCAGUUACAUUGCACAGUCUGAAGGAGCAUAUGAGAUCACAGUCACGUGGGGUGGAGAGCAGAUUCGCAACAGUCCGUUCACCGCGCAGUCAUCAGUAGCAGUCAAGAGAUCUCUCCCUGAUACGGAUCCAUCAGACCCUUCCCGCGUUGUCUGCUUCAUACAUGAGAAAAAAGUUUCGGGUACCACUGGCGUAGAAGAUAGUGAAGACUACCCGUCUGCAGAGCCAACGGACAACGACGUUCCUCUCCCAUCCCCGGACUCUUUCGAACAAGAAUACGCGCCAAAAUACAACACACGAGCACGCAGAAGACAGUCCUUCUGUCGACAAUCCCACGUCACUACUCUACGGGAGUCCUACGAGAGCGGAGGAAGCACUUCACCUUACGACAGUCGCUGCAGCAGUAUGAUCAUGAGUAGCACGGAACGCAGUAUGGAUAGCGAUGUCUUUUAUCCGUAUGGAUCUGCUCGAGCUUCAUCCUUCAUCAGUUCUUCUCGUCGGGGACUGAUUAGUUCGUCGUCAUCUAGAAGUUCUAUGAUGAGCCAUCGAAGCAGUUCCAUUCUAAGCAGUGGUGGAGAUAGACCUGGGACGGUCAGAACCAGACGAAAGAUAAUCAAGCGAACUAUUCGAGGCGCCGGUGGUAAAGAAGAAAUCCAGUAUCCGAGCAGUGCUGACAUGUCGUCUGUCUCGAAUACUUCAUCCAUCAUGGGCAUGUCAAUGUGUGGCUUCUCGUCUGUAGGCAACCCCAAUGACCAAUCGAGCGUGAGUGGAACCUCGUAUGUUAGUGAUGAGCGUUUGACCGGCGUGAGCAGCUCUGCGUCAAGCGCCCCAUCUCCUACAGUUUUAGCUCCAGUUCCAACUUUAGCGAUAGCUACCAGAGAAAUCCAUAUGUUUGCUGAUCGCAUUGCCAAGGCGGUGAUGGUAUCAGCCAUGUAUGAUCUUUCAAAGAAGUCCGUCCUUUCACCGGGUAUAUCCCGAGGUAAAGCCACCUCGGAGGAACAUAAGGACCCUGAUAAACUUUCCAAAAAUUGCUUUGACUCUGAUGGCCGUGGAUUACCUUUUGGUCUUGAGUUGCAAAAUUUGAACGAGUCGUUGAUCAACGAAACUGCUGUCAAUCAAAAGAAAACUGUCAAAACGCAAAUGGGUGAUUCGUUGUCUAAUAGGGUUAAAACUGAGGAAAGUGGAGCCAGAAGUAAAGUUUCACAAAGUCCUAUCUUUCUUGAUGUAACCGGUGCCAUUGAGGAUGUGUGCAACAAGCCAGUUGAAUCACAAAUAACAAUAGAAUUUGAACCGCAGUUAGGAGCCGACUCCUCAAGAAAUGCGAAGGAAAGCAGUUCUAGCAGUUCUUCGACGACAGCAUCAGCAGAGCGAGAACAUGUUGAGGAGGAGUCUGGCUAUUCCACUUUUGAAGAUACAAUGAGGUCCUCUGAUCAUGCCAUGCAUUUGCUUCGCCAGGUAAACAAGAAAGACGGUAAUACGAAUUCGAUACCAAGUAAACAUUUCAGUGCUUUCGAACCUCGUGGCUUUCGACCAGUUGAGCCAUCAGUGGACACCAAGCUCGACCAGAACAGUGUUCGCAGGGAUUCCAGUGAUCGCAUACAUACUCCGAAACCGCAAAGGCAAUCAAAGAUUCGACGUAGGGCAGAUAAGCAAACCCAAUGCACGUCUGAUGACAUCAAGAAGGAAACUGGUUGGAUCAGUAGGAGGAAUGCCUUUACCAAACAAAAGCGAAGAGAGCAAAAUGACCCAUCUAUGGAAAAAGUGAAACAGAAAAAGAAGAUAUCUUCUCAGCCCACUACAGCAAGAACAAGUCUUGCUAUGUCAGAUACAAGUGAAGGGCCUGAACACGGAAUAUCAUCCCCACGAAAGAGACUUGAACGUAGGACACCUUCAGUAGAAAAUAACACAUCCCGUAAUACUCGACAAACAACUCCUUCUCAAGCUAAGAUAGGUUCUAGAUCGGUUGCUAGACAGUCGACCUUUGACAGUGGUUAUUCCGAUGAAAAUGGGCACAUCUUUAGUCUUACAGGUCGCGACCGUUCAAACUCGUCAUCAAAGAAUAGAACAAUACGAGUGAAUAAUGAUAUAACUGUUGCGAAUGUCCAUAGCUUACCAACAACACAGCACAUUCCGCCUUUUGGAGAAAGAUUUGAUAUCGCUGCAACACCAAACAGCCACAAAGAUCAGAAUGGUGAGAUCAAAACAAGAGUUGUGAGGCAACAACUGCCAAGUGGAUCGGAGAGUUCUCGUAAUCAGCUGCUCUCUGAGAAGCCCCGCCUAGGAGUAGAGAAUAUGAUUGAAGACGAAGAGAUCAUUGCAGUCACUAACAGGAGACCCAGUUUUAGCGCCAUUAAUUUUGAUCUCUCGCACCUUCAACACGUGUCGGGCUCGCAGGAUCAAGAACAGACUCCCAAUCUUUCACCAGGUCCAAUAAGCAAAGAAACCCCGUCUGUUGAAAAUUUUCUUUCUGAAUCUGUGAACGGGAAAUCCCUUGUGGAAACCGAUUGCAGUAGCGUGAGCGGAGAGAAAAAGAAUGACGAGAUAAACCAGGCGUCAUCAUAUGAAACUCCCAUUCCCCAUUCGACUAAUCCUCCUUUACAAGGGAAUUCAUAUCGUACAUUGGCGAAUGAAAAGGACGUUCCAGUGAGUAAGCUCUUGGAAACUCUGGAAAAUGAUCCAGACUUCACCAUCAGAGAGUUCGUUCGAAAGUUCAUGCCAUCUCUUGGUGGGAAUUUAGGGUUCCCGGAUGAUGUCCUUGGUAGGGAUGCUGACAAGCUAUAUCCGACCAUUGAUGCGUUGGAACAGGAGAUGGAUUCGUCCUGGUCAGAGCUGAAAUCCAGUUUUACAUCAAGGGCAGGUGGGGAAACGAACAGCAGAAAGAGCAGCAGAAGACAUACCCCUCGUGUUGGAACGCCUUUCAGCGCUCACAGUUCAUCAGAUAGUUACCUUACCUCCAUCCGACCAUCCUACUGCCAGGCGAUGGGGACGGGAAUCCGUGAGGGCCUGGUAGGAGUCAAGAACAAUUUCCAGGUUGAGACUUCCAAAGCUGGUGAGGGUUCGCUUGCUGUUUUUAUCCGAGGUCCUCGUCCUCAUACCGUUAAUGAGACGAGUGUGACCUUUACUGGAGAUGACCUCUAUGAGGUGGUCUACGAGGUCAAUCUUGCUGGUUUCUACGUCAUCUCGGUCAAAUGGGCAGACAGACACAUACCCGACAGUCCUUUCAUCGUUCAGAUAUCAUUUUAAACUUACACUCUAAAAUAUUGAGUUAAAAGAAUUCCCAAGUUUGCUUAAAGAAGGGGGAUAGGCAUGUUUCUUGUGGAAAAUGUUGGAUAAAAGCAUGUUGGAUUCAAUGUCACGCUACAUUGUGCAAACUUUGCAGGUAUUUGGUAAUAUUUUACCCUCCAGACAUGCAGGCUCCCUCUUUACUAAAUUAGGUAAUACCUUUUUUUCAGUGAUAUCAAUUAUUAUUUGGAUUGGGUUCCGUGACAUUUCCUCCGGCGACAAUUGAUCCGCUGUAAAUUCCACACACUAAGGGAAUUAAUGACCAACUUCAACCCUGGAUUUACCAUUAUCCCCUAUCCUAACCCUAACAUAAAACCCUAUUGCAACCCUAACCCCAAUAAAGCCCGGAGCAAUUGUCGCGGGAGCAAAUGUCGUAACACCUAUUAUUGCGAAUCCAUAUAGUUUUGCGUAGAAUUUGUGUCGAGAUAAGUAAGAGGUACUGUUACCAUUUUUGUCUCGCCUGCAUAGCCAUUAUAGCGGAGCGAGACUACAGGCACCACUUUUCCGACGGCGGCGUCGUCAACAUUGAAAUCUUAACCAAGGUUAAGUUUUUGAAAUGUCACCAUAACUUAGGAAGUAUAUGGACCCAGUUUAUGAAACUUGAACAUAAGAAUUAUCAAGUAUUACUAAAUAUCUUUUCUGGGUUUCGGCUCACAUGACUAAGAUCAAAGAUCAUUUAGGGUCAAUGAACUUAGACCAUUUUUGGGGGGAUUAACAUUAAAAUCUUAACCAAGGUUAAGUUUUGAAAUGUCGUCAUAACUUUGAGUUUAUAGAUCUAGUUCAUGAAACUUAGACAUUAGGAUAACAGUGUAUCACUCAACAUCCUGCCUGAGUUUCAGGCCACAUGACAUAGGUCAACGGGUCAACGAACUUAUCAUGUUGGGGUAUUUUUUGAAUUGCCAUCAUAAUUUUGAAAGUUGAUGGAUGUAGUUCAUGAAAUCUAGACAUAAUAGCAUGUAUUACCGAACAUCUUGUGCAAGUUUCAGGUCAUAUGACUAAGGUCAGAGGUCACUUUAGGGUCAACAAACUUUGGCCAUGUUGGGGGUAUUUACGGAAUUGCCAUCAUAGCUUCUAAAGUUUACAGAUCUAUAUAGACAUAAGAGUAAUAAAGUAUCAUUGAACAUCCUGCACGAGUUUGAGGUCAUAUAACCAAGGUGAAAAGUCAUUUGAGAUCAAUGAAAAUAGUAUUUUAUCAUCAUUAUGAAUGGUAUUUUUUGUGAAUUAUUAUUCAAUAUUUUUUUUCAAAGUCAGCACUGCUGCUAUUAAAUCGCGUAAUGCACGCGAAACUACCAGAGGCGUUCCACUUUUUCCCCACAAUUAUUAAUAUUCGAAAAAUGCAGUCUACUUCAUCCUUGUUGGUUGUUAUCAUGAUUGAAUAUAUUAGUUAAUUAGAGUUUGUCUCAUGCUGCAUUUGGGUAAUUGAAAUAAAUAUUAAAGACAAACAUUUAUGGUGUAUUUAAAUGCGAAAUCUAGAACAUCUACUCAGAGUGAUCUUUCAAAAAUCAUUUUUGAUUUAUUCAAGCAACUGAAGUUUCUUUUAGUUUUGUUUAUAUUUUACAAGCCUUACAGAUCUUUAAAAAAAUAUAUAUGCGUCAUUAUAUUGUAAAUGAUAUUUUUAUAUGUGUUUUUUAAAAGAUGUUGACACGACUUUGAGUAUUUUUAGGUAUAAGAAAAGCAUGAAACGAAAUACAUUUUGUUUGAAAAUUUGCUUUGUAUAUAUAACAAUUGAGUCAGAAAAACUUUAGACCUAAUAAUCGCAAAUUAAAAAGAAAGUCAUGAACACAAACUAUAUGUCCUUAAUUAAUAACCUUUCCUCCAAAUAAUGUAACACCAUAUUUAUGUGCUAUCUGUUUAUACAUGGAUAAUCAGGAGGUGAUUCUAUACAAAGGCAUGACCUAAAUGAAUGCUGCAGAUGUCUAUGAAGUCAUAACACUAUAUGAGCUACAAUAACUUUAAUUUAGAUACCUUUUUCAGUUUUGAGCGCUGAUAUUACAAAGCGUUUAUCAAUCAAAUAUUUUUCAUGUUAAAUAUUGAAACAGGAUUUUUCAGCUAAUGUUACUUCAACUCCUGUUGGCCAAUUUCUUCUAUAGGAACACUCUGUGAACACUAACACUGUAGAAGAGUAUCCACAGUAUGAAAGUCACACUUUUAAAUCUGAGCAAUCCUCGCCUGCCGCGUGUGGGUUGGUUUUCGGUAAACGUACUUCAUCAUGUUCAUGCAUAAAACUACAAUUUGUACAAAAUUCAACUUAGCAUCCAAGAACUCGAACAGGACUCGAACUCGAACAGUGUGAACACAAUUUCACACUGUGGACACCUCUACAUUAUGUGUUCACGUAGUGGACUGUGUGAAUAUGUAAUUCACACAGUGAAAACAUGUUCAAAUUUAGGAGUGUUAAGAUAAUUUCACACUGGUGACACAUCUACGUGGACUAUGUGAUGAUGUGAUGAUUCCCACAUUAAUACCAUAAUACCGUGAAGAUAGUUUCACCCGUAGUUGCCUCGAAAUUUUAAGUGUUCACUAUGUGUUCUCAUAAUGGAUUAUGUCAUUCACAAUGCUGAAAUGCUCUUAUUAGUGCGCAGAUAAUUCCACUCUGUGAAAACCUCUACUAUUCCAGGGUACUGUUCACAGUGUAUUCACAUCGACUAUGUGAAAAUUUGGUCCACUUAAAAUAUUCGAAGAUAAGUGUUAUGAUGAUUUCACAUUGUUUUCCGCACUGAAAAACACAGUGUGGUACACAUUUAUACAGUUAUGUUAUAUAUAGUCGCUUGCAGAAUUUUACCUUAUGACGGCGCUGUUCGACUUGUUCGGGAGCUGUCAUACACGAAUGUGUUUGUUGUUUGUUUGUUUUUAGCCACCGUCGAUACGUACCCAAUGACAAACCGUUUUCUCAUUCACAUUCUUGAUAUGAAGAAAUGCCUUUCAUAAACAACGCAAAAUUCCUCAUAUAAUUUAUUUGAAUUAAAAAAUAUAUGUUUAAAAAAAACGCAAUUCUUGAUAUUGAUAAUGGAAUACGAGCUUGAAAUCAACAAAAAGAAUAAAAGGAGCAAAUUGAUUUUUUAUUUUAUUUUUACUAUAGGGGGGUUAUUUCUCUUGAGAAAUAACAUAUCUUAUGUACAUGCCUAUUCAAAGGCGUAAUUUUACUCUAGCUUUUAAAGCAAAAUACUUUCCAGCGCUUGGAGCAAUUAAGGAAUGAUUAUAUCAGCAUGCUCUUACGUAAUCACUCCAGCACUCAAUUUGAAAACCCACUAUGGAGGAAUGACCUAUAAUGCUAAAUCAUGAUUUAAAGACGGAUUCCAUACUGGAAAGAACACAGUGUACCACAGUGUGGAACACCAUUCACAUUCUUAAAUUUGAGCAUUUCAACAGUUUGAAUCACGUAUUCACGUAGUUGACUAUAAAAAUUAAUAUGUGAACACGCUGUGAACAGUCAUUCUGUCAAGGUGUCCACAGUCUGAAAAUAUCUUCACACUGUUGUCACAUAGUCCACUCUGUGAACACACUGUGUGACACUAUGUUCUUUCCAGGGUUAUAACACAAUUAUUGAAAAAAUGAUGAAUCGAGCUGCAAUGCUAGGGUUUAACAUCAUUUCAGUGUGGUUUGUAUUUGCGAUAACCUUCUGUACUUUGUAUCAUCGUGUUUAAUCUUUAGAAAAGUUUUUUUUUUCAUAUAAGUGAUUUCUAACAAGGUGUAUUUCACAGAAUACCGCUGUUAAUCCGUGUGGAUUAAGCAUAUAUUCCGAAAAUUGAUUAUCGUUACAUGCAUGAUGAAUUCAAUUGGAAAAAAGAAAGGUGGAAAUUAAUCAAGAUUCAGUAAUUAAGUAAUCAGAAAUGUCAUACUCUCUGUACUUAGAUCAAAUACUUAUAGUAUAAUUAUUGUUCUACAUGUAUAUCCUUAAUAUUCUGGGAAUGAUCUGUAUGACCAAUGAUCUUGAACAGUUAUUUGAAUCAUCAAAGAGUCCCAACAGUCUAUUAUGUACAGUCUUUUCUUAUUAUUGUUGAUACAUAACAUCAACCUUGUGUUAGUAUAAGUUAAUAUUUCUGCUGACAAAAAAAAAUGGUCUAUAUUUGUAAUCUGAAUUUGUGAACAAAUUUCCACUAUGUGGAAAAUAAAUUUGAUUCAAUAUUUAUUUAUUUAUCAAUUUCUUCAUUCAUUUCUUUAGACGGGGUGGUAUACAUAAAAACUACUUCUUGAGAGAGCAUAUGUACAUGAAACAAUCAUGAUAUAUUGUAUGGUAAUGAACAGGAAAAGUAGAAUUCAGUAUAAAAAAAAAAACAUGUUUUGUACAAGGAAAGUGAAGUUGUAAAUCAAAUUUCUUUACACGUAUUCCCCGUAUAUACACGUAUCCCCCCUUCCCAAAUUUAUUAAGAAUUGCCAAUGUUUAAGAUUUUAGGUGUGGGCGAACUUUUGAACAAUUCCGGUAAAAUGAAAAAUGAGUCUGUGUCUCUUUCUCAUGAAGAUGUUUUAAGCAUGUAGAUUUCAUUUAUCGAGAAUUCUUUUGUGAAAGAAUAAAAAUGAACAUUGAUCCUGUGUAAAUAAAUAACGAUCAUUACGAUUUGAU